UGCUAAAACUUCCUUUUAUUUCUCUAGCAAUGGUUUUAUCUGAAAAAGCACAAGUUCAUACUCCGCUUCCCAAAAAAGUGAUCAAUGCAUCUCCAGCCACAUCUCUCUCUGUCAGAAAGGCUCUUGGAAAUGUGAACAGAACUUUAGAAGCAUCAAGUAAGAAGAAGCAGUUAAAAACAAAAAGUUGUCCUCAUACUGCAAAGAAGAUUACUGAAGAGAUGGCUGGAUUAGAAAGCUGUGAUGCAGUAGCUGAAGAAGCCUAUCCAGAAAUUGAAAAAAUGUUUCCCUAUGAUCCUCUAGACUUUGAGAGCUUUGAUGUUCCUGAAGAAAACAGCCUGAACAACCUGGUGCUGAGUGGUGUUCCCCUCAUGAUGUUUACAAGUCUGCCAGAUGUACUUCCAGAUAGGGUUCCUUCUCCUGUGAAGCUUCCACAAAUAUCAUGGGAGUCUGGCUUGCUACAAUCAAGUACUGAUUUCCUUUCUACUCUGGAUAACAUCAUUGAUAUGCCACCUCUGAAUUAUGACCCUUAAAGUAUAUUCUGAAACUUUUACUCAGUUAACUUCAUGUAGCUUUUUAUCUUUAAUAAAGGCUUGUCUAACUUGU